CGCGGGCUGGCUCGGCGGGUUGAGGCGCGGGGUGGGGUGGAGUCCAAUGGACCACAGACUCGAAUUGCAGUUUUGGAAGUUCCACCAAGAUGCCCAAUGGAUUCACCUGACAGAGCCAGAAAUUCUCAAGUGAAACCGAAAGUCUGUGAGCCCUGGCACCUCCACUCAGAGAAGAUGAAGGAUAUCGACAUAGGAAAAGAGUAUAUCAUCCCCAGUCCUGGUUAUAGAAACGUGAGGGAGAGAACCAGCUCUUCUGGGCCGCACAGAGACCGCGAGGACUCCAAAUAUAAGAGAACUCGACCGUUGGAAUGCCAAGAUGCCUUGGAAACAGCAGCCCGAGCUGAGGGCCUUUCCCUGGAUGCCUCCAUGCAUUCUCAGCUCAGAAUCCUGGAUGAGGAACAUCCCAAGGGAAAGUACCAUCAUAGCUUAAGUGCUCUGAAGCCCAUCCGGACCACUUCCAAACACCAGCACCCAGUGGACAAUGCUGGGCUCUUCUCCUGCAUGACUUUUUCUUGGCUUUCUCCUCUGGCCCGCAUGGCCCACAGGAAGGGGGAGCUCUCAAUGGAGGACGUGUGGUCUUUGUCAAAGUACGAGUCUUCCGAUGUGAACUGCAGAAGACUAGAGAGACUGUGGCAAGAAGAGCUGAAUGAAGCUGGGCCAGACGCUGCUUCCCUCCGAAGGGUUGUGUGGACCUUCUGCCGCACCAGGCUCAUCCUCUCCAUCGUGUGCCUGAUGAUCACGCAGCUGGCUGGCUUCAGUGGACCAGCCUUCGUGGUGAAACACCUCUUGGAAUACACCCAGGUCACAGACUCUAACCUCAAGUACAGCUUGCUGUUAGUCCUGGGUCUCCUCCUGACGGAAGUCGUGCGCUCGUGGUCACUCGCGCUGACUUGGGCAUUGAAUUACCGAACUGGUGUCCGCCUGCGGGGCGCCAUCCUAACCAUGGCAUUUAAGAAGAUCCUGAAGCUAAAGAACAUUAAAGAGAAGUCUGUGGGUGAGCUCAUCAACCUGUGCUCCAACGACGGGCAGAGGAUGUUCGAAGCAGCUGCUGUGGGCAGCUUGUUGGCUGGAGGACCCAUUGUUGCCAUCUUAGGCAUGAUUUAUAACGUAAUUAUACUAGGACCAACAGGCUUCCUAGGAUCAGCUGUUUUUAUCCUCUUUUAUCCAGCAAUGAUGUUUGUAUCACGGAUCACUGCAUAUUUCAGGAGAAAAUGUGUGACCACCACAGAUGAACGUGUCCAGAAGAUGAAUGAAGUCCUUACUUACAUUAAAUUUAUUAAAAUGUAUGCCUGGGUCAAAGCAUUUUCUCAAAUUGUUCAAAAAAUCCGAGAGGAAGAACGUCGGAUCUUGGAAAAAGCUGGGUACUUUCAGAGCAUCACUGUUGGAGUGGCUCCCAUUGUGAUGGUGAUUGCCAGUGUGGUGACCUUCUCUGUUCACAUGACCCUUGGCUUUGAUCUCACCGCAGCACAGGCUUUCACAGUGGUGACUGUCUUCAAUUCCAUGACUUUUGCUUUGAAAGUAACACCAUUCUCUGUAAAAUCCCUCUCGGAAGCAUCGGUUGCUGUUGACAGAUUUAAGAGUUUGUUUCUGAUGGAAGAGGUUCACAUGAUAAAGAAAAAACCAGCCAGCCCUCACAUCAAGAUAGAGGUGAAAAAUGCCACCUUGGCAUGGGACUCCUCCCACUCCAGUAUCCAGAACUCACCCAAGCUGACCCCCAAAACGAAAAAAGACAAGAGGGCUGCCAGGGGCAAGAAAGAGAAGGUGAGACCGCUGCAGCGUGCUGAGCAGCAGGCCGUCCUGGCAGAGCAGAAGGGCCACCUCCUCCUGGACAGUGACGAGCGGCCCAGUCCCGAGGAGGACGAGGGCAAGCACAUCCACCUGGGGAGCCUCCGCCUGCAGAGGACACUGUACAGCAUCGACUUGGAAAUCGAGGAGGGUAAACUGGUUGGAAUCUGCGGCAGUGUGGGAAGUGGAAAAACCUCUCUCAUUUCAGCCAUUUUAGGCCAGAUGACACUUCUAGAGGGCAGCAUUGCAGUCAGUGGAACCUUCGCUUAUGUGGCCCAGCAGGCCUGGAUCCUCAAUGCCACUCUGAGAGACAACAUCCUCUUUGGGAAGGAAUUUGAUGAAGAAAGAUACAACUCUGUGCUGAACAGCUGCUGCCUGAGGCCUGACCUGGCCAUUCUUCCCAACAGUGACCUGACUGAGAUUGGUGAGCGAGGAGCGAACCUGAGUGGUGGGCAGCGCCAAAGGAUCAGCCUGGCCCGGGCCUUGUACAGUGACCGGGACAUCUACAUCCUAGAUGACCCCCUCAGUGCCUUAGAUGCCCACGUGGGCAACCACAUCUUCAGCAGUGCUAUCCAGAAGCACCUCAAGUCCAAGACAGUUCUGUUUGUUACCCACCAGUUACAGUACCUGGCCGAUUGUGAUGAAGUGAUCUUCAUGAAAGAGGGCUGUAUUACAGAAAGAGGCACCCAUGAGGAACUGAUGAAUUUAAAUGGUGACUAUGCUACCAUCUUUAAUAACCUGUUGCUGGGAGAGACACCCCCAGUUGAGAUUAAUUCAAAAAAAGAAACCAGCGGUUCACAGAAGAAAUCACAAGACAAAGGUCCUAAAACAGGAUCAGUAAAGAAGGAGAAAGCAGUGAAGCCAGAGGAAGGGCAGCUGGUGCAACUGGAAGAAAAGGGGCAGGGUUCAGUGCCCUGGUCAGUAUAUGGUGUCUACAUCCAGGCCGCGGGGGGCCCCUUGGCUUUCCUGGUCAUUAUAUCCCUUUUCAUGCUGAAUGUGGGCAGCACCGCCUUCAGCAAUUGGUGGUUGAGUUACUGGAUCAAGCAAGGAAGUGGGGGCACACUGCGAGCCUCCUCCCGGCUCCAUGACGAACUUUUCCGAAGGAUCCUCCGAAGCCCUAUGAAGUUCUUUGACACCACCCCCACGGGGAGGAUUCUCAACAGGUUUUCCAAAGACAUGGAUGAAGUCGAUGUGCGCCUGCCAUUCCAGGCCGAGAUGUUCAUCCAAAAUGUCAUCCUGGUGUUCUUCUGUGUUGGUAUGAUCGCCGGAGUUUUCCCGUGGUUCCUGGUGGCGGUGGGGCCCCUCUUCAUCCUCUUUUCAGUUCUGCACAUUGUCUCCAGGGUCCUGAUUCGAGAGCUGAAGCGUCUGGACAACAUCACACAGUCCCCUUUCCUCUCCCACAUCACAUCCAGCAUACAGGGCCUUGCCACCAUCCACGCCUACAACAAAGGGCAGGAAUUUCUGCACAGGUACCAGGAGCUCCUGGAUAACAACCAAGGUCCUUUCUUCUUGUUCACGUGUGCAAUGCGGUGGCUGGCUGUGCGGCUGGACCUGAUCAGCAUUGCCCUGAUCACCACCACCGGGCUGAUGAUCGUUCUCAUGCACGGGCAGAUUCCCCCCGCCUACUCGGGUCUUGCCAUCUCCUAUGCCGUCCAGUUAACCGGGCUGUUCCAGUUUACCGUCAGACUGGCAUCCGAGACAGAAGCCCGCUUCACCUCAGUGGAGAGGAUCAACCACUACAUCCAGACCCUCUCUUUGGAAGCACCUGCCAGAAUUAAGAACAAGGCUCCCUCCCCUGACUGGCCCCAGGAAGGAGAGGUGACCUUUGAGAAUGCAGAGAUGAGGUACCAAGAAAAUCUCCCUCUGGUUCUGAAGAAAGUGUCCUUCACCAUCAAACCCAAGGAGAAGAUUGGCAUCGUGGGGCGGACCGGAUCAGGGAAGUCCUCUCUGGGGAUGGCCCUCUUCCGUCUGGUGGAGUUAUCUGGAGGCUGCAUCAAGAUUGACGGAGUGAGAAUCAGUGAUAUUGGCCUUGCUGACCUCCGAAGCAAGCUGUCCAUUAUUCCUCAAGAGCCAGUGCUGUUCAGUGGCACCGUCAGGUCAAAUUUGGAUCCCUUCAACCAGUACACUGAAGACCAGAUCUGGGAUGCCCUAGAAAGGACACACAUGAAAGAAUGUAUUGCUCAGCUACCUCUGAAACUUGAAUCUGAAGUGAUGGAGAAUGGGGAUAACUUCUCGGUGGGGGAACGGCAGCUCCUGUGCAUAGCAAGAGCCUUGCUCCGUCACUGUAAGAUUUUGAUUCUAGAUGAAGCCACAGCUGCCAUGGACACGGAGACAGACCUACUAAUCCAAGAGACCAUCCGAGAAGCAUUUGCUGACUGCACCAUGCUGACAAUUGCCCAUCGCCUACAUACAGUCCUAGGCUCUGAUAGGAUUAUGGUGCUGGCCCAGGGACAGGUGGUGGAGUUCGACACCCCAUCAGUCCUUCUGUCCAAUGACAGCUCCCGGUUCUAUGCCAUGUUUGCUGCAGUGGAGAACAAGGUCGCUGUCAAGGGCUAACUCCUCCCCGCUGCUGGCUCUUUUCCUUGGAGCAUUGCCAUUCCCUGCCUAGGGCGGGCCCCUCACUGCGUCCUCCUGCCGAAACCUUGCCUUUCCCAGUUUGAUCUUUCGCACAGCAGUUCAGGAUUGGCUUGUGUGUUUCAAUUUUAGGGAGAGUCCUAUUUUGAUUAUUGUAUUUAUUCCAUAUUCAUGUAAACAAAAUUUAGUUUUUGUUCUUAAUUGCACUCUAAAGGUUCAGGGAACCGUUAUUAUAAAUGUAUCAGAGGCCUAUAAUGAAGCUUUAUACGUGUAGCUAUGUCUAUAUAUAAUUCUGUACAUAGCCUAUAUUUACAGUGAAAAUGUAAGCUGUUUAUUUUAUAUUAAAAUAAGCACUGUCCUGAUAACAGUGCAGAUUCCUUCCUAUCAUUUUUGUACGGUUUGCUGCACUAGAGGUCUGAUUUUGCUAUUAGAUUGUAGGAAGGGUAGCGCACUGUUCUUCUUCAGCUGGUGGUUUCACGGUGCGGGGCUCUCUGGGCAUCCAAAAGGAAGAUGUGUGGCAAUAGCGGGCCCUCGGGGGGGCCCCCUCGGCACCUCCUCGCAGCCACACCCGGGGGAGGGGCAGCGGAGGGGGCUGCCGGAGGCCAUGCAGAGCGCCGUGAAUUCUCAGGGCUCCUGCUUUCUGUCCUCUUGUCAUUCACUGUUUCUGUCGGGAGAGCAGUGGGGUACAGCCCCAGCCCCCUUUUCGCUCCCUCCGUCAGGGAUGAGAAUCACAGAAGAACGUUCCUCGGACAGGGGGAGUCUCUCUCCUGCCUUCCUGUUUCUGCUGUUGUUUCUUAACCAGAAUCGAGUCUGUUCACAGAGUGUGCCACUGCCUCAGGUUCCUGAACGCGGGCCACUGCACAGAGCUCUCCAGCCCUACACCUGCCGGCUCCGAACCCCGGGGUCCGCUGCUGCUUUCGUCAGUGGCACUUUGUCAUUUGCCUGGUCCCACGCCUCCACAGUUCACUGACAGGGUUCAGGAGUUUGUGGGUCUGUUCUCUCUCGCUGCAGUUGUCACACAGUCUGUCUCUCUCCAAAGUCUGCGACUUUAAGCAGCUCUUGCUAAUCAGUGUCUCACACUGGUGUAGAAGUUUUUUGUACUGUAAAGAGACCUACCUCAGGUUGCUGAUUGCUGUGUGGUUCCGCGUGUUCCCGCAAACCCCCUUUGUGCUGUGGGACCAGUAGCUCAGGUGGGCGUGGUCGCUGCUGUCAUCAACCGAACGGUCAGCGUUGCAUGUCGUGACCAACUAGACAUUCUGUCGCCUUAGCAUGUUUGCUGAACACCUUGUGGAAGCAAAAA